GUUAGCCGAAAAACGAACACAAUUGUUGAAGGCCACUUGAGAUCAAACCCCAAGUUGGGAACACACAGAAGAGACUUUGUAUGGUCUUCAUCAACCCUACUCCACUUCUUUCUCCAAUGCACUUGUCUUCUUCACAUCCAACAUCAUUGUCUUCGUGGUCCUUCCUCUUCUCCCUUUAAAUCUCUCUUAUCAUUCAAAUCUUUUUCUAUCUUCUCACUUCGUUAAAUCUCUCUCUUCAUUCCUUAUCAUAAAUAACCAUAUAAACAUAAACUUCAUACUCAUAAUGUCUAGCCGAAGGUCGAGACAACCGAGCGUUCCUAGAAUCACCGACGAUCAAAUCAUCGGCCUCGUCUCCAAGUUACGCCACCUUCUUCCCGAGAUUCGCCAUAGGCGCUCCGAUAAGGUAUCAGCUUCAAAGGUUCUACAGGAAACCUGCAACUAUAUCAGGAACUUGCACAGAGAAGUUGAUGACUUAAGUGACCGAUUGUCUCAUCUUUUGUCUACAAUUGAUGCUGAUAGUCCUGAAGCUGCUAUUAUUCGGAGUUUAAUCAUGUAAUUAAUUACCACUUUGUUUUACUUACUUACUUAAUUAAUUAAAUUAUUAAAAAUGCUUUAAUUUAAUUUAUCAUUGUAACUUCGUUAGUAGAGAGAGUUUAGUUUGAUCAUUAGAUCAGACAAAAUUAGGGUUAGUUUCUAUUUUAAGAUAUUUAUAUAUUAUUGUAUGUAUAAAUAUUUGCAUGCCAUGUGGGUGGGCAUGCAAUUGAAUUAGGUUGUAUAAUAAAGACUUGCACUUAAUUAGCAAAGUCUGUUUAUAUAAUUUAUAUUAUUUAUUAAGUAUA